AUGCGUUUUUGCCGCACACUAGUAAAUAUAAUAAUGCCUUUCAUAAUGGUUUAUUUCAGAGUAUUAUCCCGAAACCCCGACCCGGCCCAUGACGAAUUUUUAGGAAAAAACUCCGACCCGACCCACGAAUUCUCGGAGUGCUAUCUUAGUUUAUUUUGUUUAAUUUAUACAAAUUUGGAAAGUCGGAUAUCUUUACCUGCAUCAUUUAUAAAUGUGAAUGAAUCAGAUCCGAAUACAAAAAAUUUAAUUUCAAAACACAUUGUUCCUUUUGGAACGACAGAUUAUCACAAACAUCAAAGGAUCAAUCCUGAUUUUUAUCGAAAUGAUCCAUUUCAUGAUUCAAAGAGUGCUGGCCGAAGUUCAGAUGAAAGUGAUCAAGUUAUUUACCUUUCCAAAUAUGCAACAGAAACAUUAAAAGGCCCAUUAAUUCAUAAAGCUUAUAUUCUCCCACUUACAUUUGACUCUAAAAAGGAAACAGUUGGUGCAGUUAGGAGAGGCAAUUAUCGCGCAAUGUAUUUCCCUAUUAGAGAUUAUAUUGAAUGGAAAUGUGGGUCGUUUAAAUUAGCCUUUGUUAUUACUGCAAAAAUUUUACAAGAAGUGGCUUCCAAUGGAGGUGAUUGGAAAUCUGCUUUGGAUUUAUAUGUUCCAAUAAUUAAUAGAAGAACUUUUUCUGAGCGAAGAGAAAUUAUGGGGGAAGAAGAAACGCGAUUAGUUGUCGAAUCGAGAGAAGAAAAAAGGCAAAUAAAUGAAUAUAUAGUUCAAACUAUUGGAAAUCAACCACCUUAUUUUGAAACAAGAAACCAGGAAAAAUAUGGAAAAAUUCUGAAUGAAUAUGCAAAUAAAUUGGAAUUUUUUUAA